GAGCGGACAGCCGAGUGAAACUUACCGGACUAAACCAUAUUAAUUGAUAGAAUACUUGUAAAAAAAAAAAAAAGAAGUUUAGAUUAUUUAUUUCCUCCUGCUUGUAAAUUUGAUAUAUUUUGGCGAUGUCCACAUCUAAAGUCCAGGAGACAAUGGGAGAUAAAGUGGUAACAGCGACCCAAAUUGAAUGUGGAGAUGCCGAAAUAACGUCUUCUAUCAAAGACAAAGUGGACACCAUGAUAAAGGAUGGAGAUCAAGAAAACAAGGAAAAUACCCAAAGCCUUCUCCAAGAGACAAAGGGAAUAUAUUCAGGUCCACGAAUGACCAAGAAGUUCCUGAAAGACCAUUGUAAGCAGAACAAACUUUACUUAACUCCUUGCCUUAAUGAUACACUAUACCUGCAUUUCAAAGGCUUUUCCACCAUUGAGAACCUUGAGGAGUACACAGGACUGAAGUGUCUCUGGCUGGAAAGCAAUGGGCUUGACCGCAUUGAGAACCUGGAUGCACAGACUGAUCUGCGGUGCUUGUUCCUUCAGCAGAACCUCAUAUACAAGCUGGAAAACCUUGAACCUCUGAAAAAGCUCUGUACCUUGAAUGUCUCCAACAAUUACAUCCAGAUCAUAGAGAACAUCUCCUUCCUUUCUGACCUGAGUACUUUACAGAUAGCUCAUAACAAGCUGGAGACUGUGAAGGACAUAGAGCAUCUGAGUCAGUGUCUGGCAAUCAGUGUGCUCGACAUGUCUCACAACCUGUUAUAUGACCCUGAGAUCCUCCUGGUACUUGAGGCCAUGCCAGAACUGCGAGUGCUAAAUCUAAUGGGAAAUGAGGUGGUGAGAAAAAUCCCAAACUACAGGAAGACCAUGAUUGUGCGUCUCAAGCAGCUCACCUUCCUAGAUGAUCGCCCUGUGUUCCCCAAAGACAGGGCAUGUGCAGAGGCAUGGGCCGUGGGAGGGCUGGAAGGGGAGCGUAAAGAGAGGGAGCAAUGGGAAACAAGAGAGAGGAGGAAAAUUCAGGACAGCUUGGACGGCAUGGCAAUGAUUCGAAAAAAAGCCCAGGAGAGACAACGCCUUCGAGAACUACAGGAGAAAGGGGCAACUGAGCCUUCCACCUUGCCAGAGACUCCAUUUGAGGAAAAUGACACCCAGAUGGUGACUUCACCAAAAGGAGAGAAGAUCCAUGCCUUUGUGCAGGACUGCCUGGAUGCCCAUGAAGACUUUCUGCAAAGUCAAACAACACAGGAGCCUAGUGAACAUCAGCCAAACUGUGGACAUCUAGAAGCAGAGCAGCCAGGUCAAGCGUUACAGAGGGAGCAGUUAGAGAAAGAUGACCAGGAGAAAUUAGAAGUAAAGCAGCCUGAGGCAGAAGAGAUAGAGGGAGAUAAUCCGGAGCAAUCAGCACUAGAGCAAGAAUGCAUUGCAAGAAAUAUGCAGGAGACAGAAAAAGCAGAUGACAAACAACAAAACCAGUCACGUGGAGUCCAGUUUAUGAGAGUGGAGAGAGAGCAGGUAAACACAAGUGAGCAGUUUGAAAAGAAGAAACCCUCUCUGGUCAGGGCAGCUCCUUCUGAAGCAGCCGAGGGUUCACCAGCACACGGUCCUGGACCACUGGUUACAGAGCUGGAGGAUGCAGACCAGCUGGAAACCAUUCACCUUCCACCUGAUCGCUCACUGCGUAUUGAUGACCUGCCUGAUCUGGAGGAUGUGGAUACAGAAGACCUCGCAGCAUUUUUCUCUUCUCAGCAAGCUUUCAAACCUACAAUAGAGGUGAUGUCAGGAGGCAGCGAUGACGAGGGACCGAUCAGGAACAAGAAUGAAAGCGCAGCCGCCUUUGUUCCGGAUAAAAAUUCAUUGUUCUUAAUGAGCGGCAGCAACAAAUCAACUGAGGUCUCUAACGAUUCUUCAUCAUUGGUGUAUCCAGAAGAUGAGGAUAGUUUUGAACCAGUGGGGAAGUCAAAACCAAAGCAGAAGUCUUCUCCACCACACUGCCUGAUUGAGGAACUGGACUGAUGCUUUCAAGGUUGAGAGCAGUUUUUCCAUAAUAAAGUUACAAACAGUCUCACAGGACACAGCUCCAAUUUAAAUGUUUAUGCUAGCAGGCAAUAAACCAGUCUUGUGAGGCCAUGAAAUGUCUUAAAAUUAAUAUUUAGUAGUUAUUGUUAUAGAGAAAUAGAAUUCAUUUUAAACUUAUUUGUGUUAAAGAAUUUCAAAGCCAUUUUGUUUAUAUGGUUGUUAAUUGUAACUGGGAAGACAGAAUAAAUAUUUCGAGAUCUGUUCAGUUCUU